AUUUUAAUUAUUUUUUCCUUACAUUUUAGGACCUGUCUGAGGCGGUGACAUCAUGGGGAGUUGCUGUAGCUGCCUGUGCAAAGACAGUGUCCCAGACAACCACCCUACAAAGUUUAAGGUGACAAAUGUUGAUGAUGAAGGCAACGAGCUGGGCUCAGGGAUUAUGGAGCUGACACAGAGGGAGCUUGUUUUGCACACACAUAAACGUGAUGCUGUCCGGUGGCCAUAUCUUUGUUUGCGCCGCUAUGGCUAUGACUCCAACCUCUUCUCCUUUGAGAGUGGGCGUCGCUGCCAGACAGGGCAAGGAAUUUUUGCAUUCAAGUGCUCAAGAGCUGAGGAGAUUUUUAACUUGCUGCAGGACCUGAUGCAAUGUAACAGUAUCAGUGUGGUGGAGGAGCCUGUCGUCAUCACAAGAAACAGUCAUCCUGCUGAACUGGAACUGACUCGGGCACCUCAGACACCCAACACUGUUGGAUAUACUGUUCCAGGAUAUCCCAAUGGAUUCCACAGUUUUCCUGGGGAGGCCUCAUCUUGCCCUGCUGCUCGACAUCCCUCCAUGAGCAGCCUACGCCAUUCCUCAGUUAGUGAGGACUCCACACAUGCCCUAAUUGUCAAUGAUGAGCAAUCCCACACCUAUGUGAAUACCGCCAGUGGUGAGGAAGAAAGGAGAGGCCACCACUGCAUGCAUUCUUUGCCUGAAGUCCAUCCUCCUGUCUCCCAUUCUAAUCAUACCUGCUCCCUGGAGGAUCGGAACCCCCAAGUCUACCUACAGCCGAGUGAGGUGAAAUUUGUUCUGGGCCCUGCCCCAGGGUACAGGCACAUGAUGAAAUGUGAUGGUUUCUGCAGACCCCGCUGGGAGUGUGCAGGGCACAUCUGCACACCUAACAAUAACAACGAGUGCAAAAAUGAGUGCUUCACAACUAAAUGUGUGUACGAAAAUGUCAAUGGCCUCAUACCUUCUCGAGGGACCUUGCUUCGUCGUGGGGGCAGUGGGCGGUUGAAAAUUCCCCGUGAAGAUCUGAAUCCUCCCAGUUGUUCUCAUCGGCGAACCACCCUGUUGCACUAUGAGAACCUGCCCUCACUGCCACCUGUGUGGGAGUGCCAGCCACUGAGGCACGACCAGGAUGAGGAGGACUCUGGUGAUGCAAUGACACCUUCCCCCAAUGGUUAUCCUGAGCUUGAGGAAGAUGACCCUUUACAAAAUUACAUGAACUCAGAAAGUGCUGCCCUGCAUGGGGGCUUGCGCAGGGAGAAUUGCAUACAGCACCAUCGUAGCUGCACACCUAGUGUCUUCAAUUUUGACUUCCGCCGGCCUUGUUUGGAGCAGCAAAGGCAGCUCAACUAUAUUCAAGUGGAACUGGAGGAUGACCCCCACAAAGGGCACCAAAGCACACCAGUCCCCUAUGCCCCACUUUCUGCUCCACAUCCAGCCCGCAGGACGGAUUCCUAUGCGGUCAUUGACCUUAAAAAGACAGCAGCCAUGUCCAGCUUGCAGAGGGCACUGCCUAGGGACGAUGGGACUACCAGGAAAACUCGGCAUAACAGCACUGAUCUACCUGUGUGAGAGGAAAGCCCAACCCAAGCACUGCAUUGUGGCUUCAGUACCUGCUCUUCAGUGAAAUCAUGUAGAAAGAUGUAACUGCCAUCUUUCCAUCGCACCUUUGUUUCUCAGUGUGACAAACUGGGAUAUAUUCAUCAAGCUAACUUGAGAAAUGUAGCCUAUUUGUGCCUCUUCCCAACCUCCGUUUUCUCUGCCAUGUAGUUUUUAAAGCCUUGCAAAGUGCUUGAAAACUUGAUUCAUUUAAUAGUGGGGAGGCUGGUAGUCAUGAUGCCACCUGUUCUUUCCCUCCAGCUUUAUAUAGGUAUUGUACUUUGAAAUUCUCCCUUCUGGUUUUGACUUGGCCCUUUUGAAGGCCCUGUGAGUAGAACGUAUUUAAUUGGGAAAGUAUAGAAACAUUACAAAGGAAGAAGCAAUUGUGAGGAGCACCCUAAUGAUACAGUCACUGAGUUUAUCCCUUUUAUUUUUGAAGGUAUGCAGAAGCAUAAUGUGUGUUAUUUAUUUGUUUAUUUAUAUUUCAACUGCUCUUUAUUUAUUUAUUUAUUUAUUUAUACAUCACAAGUUGAAGUGCCAAUCCAAUGUAAAAUGUAACUGUUCGCUGCUAAUUCUUCUCUCUUGAGCGAGAAGGAAGUGCUGAGAGGAGGGUGUCUCAUCACAAGCAACGUAUUUGGCAGUGCCUGCUGAAAACCAAAAAGGAGUAGUAGGAAGAAUGGAGAUGUGGUAUGCUGGCAUAUGAAUCCGUUGCCAGUAGUUUGGAAAUGAGUACCUGGAAUGUGUUAAAGGAUAGAUGUUUCAAGAUGGUAGAAAGUCUUGUUCAUAUGAAAUAAUUUAGAAAGAAGGCACUUGCUCCAUGCCAGUCAUCUACACAAGCUAUCUUGUUCAUUUGCUAAGCGGCAUGCCAGGAUGGUGGAGGGAAUAUCUUAGUGCUGCACAGAACCAUACAUGCUCCAGGUCACACAGCUAGAUUCCCAGGCCUUUCAACCUAAAUCCAGGGUUAUCCAAACCAUUUGAGAUCCAUGCACAGAUAAAGAUAGCAGUGCAUGCAGACAACCGUAAUCUCUUAGCUCCUCUCUCUGACUCUCUCCAUCUGUCUCAUUAUAUACCUUUCUCCAGCCUCACCACAAAAAAGAACAACUUUAACCCCUCCAAACCUAACAAAGCCUCAGUUGGCCUUUCAGGAGAUGCUGUCACCAUAGUAGCUUGCCAGAUUCUCUUGGAGAAACCAGCAUCUUUUGUCAUUGCAGAGCUAAGAGAAAAUGUGGGUUUAGCUGCAGCUCAGUGUUUUGUUGAUGUCAUUUGGAGGUACUUUUCCUCCACUUUGUUUUAGACUGUCUACAGGCAUGCCUUGAUUGAACUGAACAUGACAUCUAGAGCAGUGAACUCACUGUGGAUGUGCACUCCCCCCCCCUUUUUUGAUGAACAUGCAGACUUUCAAACUGAAUUGAGCUUGGGUGCAGCUGUUUCAAAUGCAGACUGGCUGUGCAGAAUACUGGUUGACUUUCCCUCUGGCAAUUGCAAAAUCACCAUCCUCUCCUCAUCUAGAUUGCCAGGUUGCAACAUGGCCUCAUUGUGUGUGUCAAAAAGAUUCUAAACUACCUACCAAUAUACUGCUGUCCAGUCCAAGUGAGGAGAGGGGGACUGUUUUUUUUUUUUACAGACAUUGAAUAAAUAUGUAUUUUUAAAGGCACUGAAUAGAGGCAGGAUAAACAUGCUGAACAAUUACAAAAGUUAUUUUUAAAAUAAAAAAAAUCUGGCUGAAGCACGGUGAAGAGGCUGACUUCAAUCCAUGCUGGAAUCAAAGCCAGGUACUUCAGGCAGCAGAGGAGUGG